AUGAUUGGGCCUCAAAAGGUCUACUCCCUCUACUGCAUCCGACACACAUGCGACAAGACACUUCCCGACAACGAGGGCUACCAUUGCCCCCUUCCAAGGCUAGCUGAUCAACGGUAUUGCGCCGACCACAUACGGUGCGGUACUCCUCGCUGCCGCGAGAAGGGCCAGAACGACGACGGCACAUGGCCUUGGUUCUGCCAAACCCAUCGCUGCACGAAGUCGCCGUGUCUCGAUGGCAUCGACAACCUCUUGCAACAGCGCUGCAAGAAGCACACCGACUGCGCCGCCCCACAAUGCACAAACUAUCCCGCCACAAAUCUUCACAGCACCUUCUGCUCGAGGCACACCUGCGAGGUCGACGCCUGCCCGCUGCAGGCCGUCGAGACGAACCUGUGCGCGGAACAUCUAAGGAAGGGCAAGCAAUACUCCAGCUGCAGCACACCGGGCUGCAGACGGCCGAGGAAGGAAUCCAGGCGCUUCUGCUCCGCGCACGCCUGCGUGAUCCCGAACUGCGCCGACGACCGGGAUCCCAGCGGCGGCAGCCUGUGCUCAAUGCACCGGUGCACGCUCAACGACUGCUCCCGGCCCAUCGCGGACCUAGACCGCGCCGACUCGCUCUUCUGCACUGUCCACGGGUGCAAGUGCCGCUCGGCCGACUGCGGCAACGAGGCGAGCUUCGAGAACGGCUUCUGCAGCGCCAAGCACGCAUGCGUGGUACCGCUCUGCCCCAAGGUGCGCAUGUUAGCGGGCCCGACUAGCCCAGCGGCUAGCGCGAGCGGCGAGCUGCCGGAACGGUGCUACGACCACCAGAUCGUGUGGGUGCAGACAACGGUGCGCCGCGCCGUGUCCGAGGAGCUGCAGGCCGACUUCAAGCAGGAGCGCGCCAAAUGGGAAAGGGAUAAGAAGCGCCUGUCGGACGACCUGAGCGAGAUGAAGCGCCGCGAGAGGGAGUGGCAGGAGUACCUGCGCGGCGAGAGGGACAUGCGCAAGCGCAGGGCGUCCAACGAGGCGCACCCCGAGCCCGACCGGCUGCAUCCCGAGUAUCGGGGCAACCGGAAUUACCACGGAGGGAGCGAGUGA